CCGAUUCCACUGUAAUUUAAGCCAUGGCGUCAUAUUCUGAGUUUUUACCGGAGGCGAGAACGUCUGGGCUGAGUUAUAAGUUGAACCGAAUAACACAAGACCACGUCAAGGUGUCAUGUGAUGAAAUGGAAAGGAACAAGAAGACAGUCUGUCAUAUUGUCGAUAAAGUUAUCGAACAUAUGCAGAAAGACGCCACGUUUCAGUUCAGCUUCGAUCGUAAGCUUGGUGUUGGCAGCUCGCAUGAAAACCUCAAAGUCCGCGAGGCAGACGAGUUCGAUUACAACAUAUGCCUUAAAAUACCGGAUGGAUGGAGGGGACAGAUAGAGGGUCCAGGUCGAAGUGGUCCUCAAGGAUACGCCAAGUAUAAACUUGUUGGUGUUUCAUCUUCUACUUCCCUCGUUCACCGUAAAUGGCAGUCGUUUAUGGACCACAGUCAUUACCUUCUACCUUUUAAGCUAUAUGAUUGGUUCUAUGGUCUGGUGGCAAAGGCAUUAGCAUCUGAAUUAAGGCACUGCCCUGAAAUACAAGGUGUCACUCUACGAAAAAUUGGACCAUCGGCGAACCUUAUCAUCAUAAACAAACCUGGUCGACGUGAAAUGUCAGUGGAUCUCGCCCCUACACUACAGAUGACUGGCAUGCCACCAGGCUUUAGAGAUAUGAUGAGACAAAUACACGACGUUAUGCGGCAGAGCGGUAUGUGGCAGAUCAGUACAAAGCAGUACACGGGUGCGUCCUCGGGUGGAAACGGCCUUUGGUGGCGUAUAUCAACCUCCCCUGUUGAAAAGUAUGUCCUUAGUUCGAUUGACAAAUACAGUGGAGGUGACAGCAGAGGGGGGUGUCGCAAACAAGUUUUGCGAUUAUUAAAGUUACUCCGAGAAGUCGAAGGUUCUAACUGGUUAGCAAUUAAAUCAUAUCACCUAAAACAUCUGAUGAUGUCAGAGUCUUGUCGGCAUGGUGAUUGGUCAGCUGGAAAGGUCGAUGUACGUUUCAUUGGAUGUCUUCGCGCGUUACAGAAAUGUUUGCGGGAACGGAAGCUCCAGAAUGUGUUCUUUCCCAAAAUGAACAUGUUCGCUGAUCUUUCUGCUUUUACAGCCAAUGAUUUAGCUGGUCGUGUGAAAAGAAUUGCUGAUACAAUUGAAAGAGAUUCCGAAAAAAUCGUGGAAUAUUUGCCCUUGACGUAA